GAAAACAAACGAAAUAAAAAACACACUGAAACCUCUACUGUUUCGUUUUGGCAGAUUAAACCAUUUCGAAAGCUCUGAACUUUUGAGCACUUCAGUGAGUUCUGAAUCCAUCGCUUCAAGCUUUCUUUGCAAGACAUCCAAUUCGAAAUGGGUAUCCCUCCGGUCAGGCCACCUAGUAUUACAAAGUAUCUAAAGCCUUACGUCCUGAAGAUGCACUUCACAAACAAAUAUGUAAGCGCCCAGGUGAUCCACACACCAACUGCCACUGUGGCAUCUUCUGCAAGCUCCCAAGAAAAGGCCUUGAGAGAAAGCAUGGAGAUACGUCGGGAUGUUGCUGCUGCUGCAAAGAUUGGGAAGAUAUUAGGGGAGCGCCUGCUGCUCAAGAACAUUCCCGCUGUAUCCGUCCACUUGAAGAAAGAACAGAAAUAUCACGGUAAGGUUAAAGCUGUCAUUGAUAGUGUGGUUGAAGCAGGUGUCAAACUACUCUGAAGAAUCACUUGAGUGUACUUACAUUAAGGUAGUCAGUAUCAGUUGUCCUUGUUCUAGACGGGCUGCCGGGGAAUGUAGACCGAAGGAUUGUGUGGUAGGAUAUGUCUUUCGAUUGCUAUGCUACGGUGAUCAUGAACACUAGUGGAACUUUUGGUUUUCCGAUGUAAUGUUCUGGUUGGAUGUUGAUUUUGAUUUCAACGAUAUUAUUCAUCGGAUUGCAACUUUUGAAAUGUCA